AUGUCUGUUCCCCCACCACCACCUCCACCACCACCACCAUGCACUGCAAACCACGGCGGCGGUGGCGGAUUAGUUAAGCCUACUGAUGAUGCAUUACAAGCUUUGAUUGCUAAGAGAAAGGCUAAUGCUGGAAAGAAGCCAGCUAACCCACCUCCAGCUAAACCACCACCAAAGAAGGCUGCUCCAAUGGAUCUUAACGCAGCACUUAAAGCAAGAUUUAAUAAGAACAAAGCACCAGCUCCAGCAGAAGAACCUCCAGCACCCGCUCCAGCUGCUCCUCCACCAGCUCGCCCUCCACCACCACCACCGAAAUCUGAUGCUCCACCUCCACCUCCAGCUCGUCCACCACCACCACCACCUACAGCUCCUCCAGCCACACCUCCUCCACCACCUCCGAACCACCCACCGCCACCACCGCCUAAAUCUAACGAUAUUCCACCUCCACCACCAGCUGCUAUACCACCUCCAGCUCCACCAGCAACCCCGCCGGCAGCACCACCAAAGAAGCCAAAGGAUAAGAAGAAAUCAUCAUCAUCUUCAUCUGGAUCAGAAUACUAUUCAGACUAUCCAUACUAUUCCGAUGAUGAGGAGAAGGAAGAGCCAAAGAAGGAGGAACCAAAGAAAGAGGAGCCAAAGAGGGAAGCUGAAAUUCUUCCACCUCCACCUCCUCCAUCCAGACCAGCUCCACCACCAUCAGAGCCUUCAUCAGAUGAACCUAAGAAGAGUCAGAAGGCUAAGUCACGUCCAUCCGCUGCUGAUUCAGCAGAAACAACACCAGAUGGCAAGCUUAAGCUUCAGUACUUCGAGUCAAGCUACAAGAAAGUCAGCACCGAGUUCGGUAUCCAGAAUCUUUUCACUCCUUUCGUUAAGCAACGCGAUGAAAUGCACAAGCAUGCAGAAAACGCCAUCAACGCAUUCAUGGAAGAUCCAAACAAGCCUCUUGAUGAAUACAGAAACACAAUCAACGAUUUCAUGACCACAUUCCAGCGUAACCUUAUCACCGCUUCAAAGGAUAUCACAACCAACCUCUCAAGCAACCUUGACCUUGUCGACAAGCUUACAGAAUCAGUCAACAAAGCCAGGAAUGAAUUCGAGAUUGCCCGUAACGAACAGCUCGAAGAUGCUCUCUCUAGACUUAAAGUUCCUAACCCAACAUCAGAAAAUAAUUCCGUCCCAGACUUCAUCAAACCACGCAAAUACAGCUCAAUCUACAUCUGCUUACCAGGCGUCAACAUCAAGAUGAACAAUCUUCAGAAUGUUGCUGGCGAUGUCAUGAAUCCUAACAUCGAGGACCUUGUUAAGGUAAUUCCAGCUGAUCAGGAAGCCGUAGAUCUCUUCUCUACUCCAUUCGAAUACUUCGAUAUGGGCGAGACAAAUGAGAUGAAGGAUCCAUUCGAAUCAGCAGACACUGUCGAGACAAGGAAGAAGCUCAGACCACAAACCAAUGCAAAGGGAGGCUACGACGACGAAGAACUCGUUAAUUCCGGUGAAGCCCCAUCUGCUCCACCUCCACCAUCAGCUCCAGGAGUUCCUCCAGCACCACCGUUACCAGGUGCUGGCGUUCCACCACCGCCCCCACCACCAGGAGCCGGUGCGCCGCCACCUCCACCACCACCAGCAGGCGGAGCACCACCUCCACCGCCCCCACCACCUCCAAAGGGCGGUGCACCACCACCUCCUCCACCGCCAGCAAGAGCACCUCCACCCCCAGCAGGCACUCCUCCUCCACCAGCUGCAGCUCCAGCACCAGCAGGCGGUCUCGUGAAACCAACAGAUGAUGCACUUCAAGCUAUGAUCGAAAGAAGAAAGAAGACUGCAAAUAAGGUCAAGCCACCAGAGCCAAAGCUUCUCUUCCAGAAGUAA